GCUCUAACUAUAGCUGAUUGUAGCUGCAUGGAUGGAUGCAGGCCUGCUGCAUCGCACAUCGUUCCCCGCAAUUUGUUCAGGCGUGGUCAUGACGCCAGAUGCGCCGAAGUGGUCAGUCAUGCUGCGUGCUGCUUCAUGUCGCUCACCACGACAACGACACCAGCUGCAUAGCACGACGACACCGCGCAAGAUCUUCUUCUUUGGCGCAACCGCGCGAAGCCUCGACUCUCUCGUCUCCCCUGCUUAAUCACGCUGCAACGUAGGGAGCGUGGCAUGCGCUCCUGGUGACCGCGCUCAAGACUCGCCGUCGAAGGAUGACCGGAUCGUCACCGCCGGAGCGCUCGGCUUCCACGACCGCCGCCGCGUUUGGCUUUUUCGCAAGUCAGCCACCCAUGAGAGAGGCGCCAUUAUCAUCACAUCAGGCAUCAACUAACGCGAGCCAUGAGGAGCGCCUAGCGCCCCCCAAUUGCCCUCCUUCUCACCCGCCGCAACUUUCACCUCAGCCGUUGAGACCGCACACGUUUCAGAGGAUGCCAGUAGGAAUGAACGUCGCUUCCACCUCAACAAGGACCGACAGAGCUACCCCAGACGUGUUACCCCAUAGUCGAACAAACACUGCCCCGCAAGGUCCAAGUCACUCUCCUGUGGCAAGCAGCAGUAGCAGCAUAGCGUCGCCUACAGCCUGGUCCGGCUCCUAUGCACAGCAAGCUGCGAUGCGCUUACACGCAAUUUCAACAGGAACUCCCCAUCCUGCUCCCUACCCGCUCACCAAUCCCGAUCACCCUGCCUUUGACGAGGCCCUCAAUGCAUCUGUGGCGGAGCCUUUAGGUCAAGCGAGCGCCUCUAAUUCUCCUGGAACUGUACGGACCCACACUAGCGUAGACCAACCAGAGAAGGUUACUGCAGCAAAGAAAGGCAAAGGUUCCGCAAAAAAGGCGGACGGCAGCAGCAGGAGCAAAGUGGUCAAGGGCAAGAGCAAAGCUAAGACCGAGAAUGCUGGGCAGGUGGGGCCCAGCAAAGGAGAUGGGAGUGCAAGUGAAGUAUCCGGAGAUGAGCUCGUAGAAGAUCGGAAGCCUGGGUGGAAACGACGGCGUGUGGUGGUGGCCUGCGAUAGGUGCAGGCACAAGAAGAUCAGAUGCAAAGGGCUGCCGAACUCUCGCAACAUCUGCAACAAUUGUGAAGGCAUGGGCUACGAAUGUACAUUCGACGUCUCACCGACCAGGUCGAGGGGCAAAUACGAGAUCUUGGAAUCCAAGGUGUCGACUUUGCUCUCGGCGCUUCGAUCCGUAGCACCUGAUCUGGCAGAGCAGUACGAUCGUGGUCAGCUGGGAGCGGGCCCUCCCGCCAUGACGACGAUGACGAAUCAGUCGCGUCGCGUCUCCGUGGAUAGCACCGGGGUGAAUGCUUCCUCGUCCAGCGUGCGGGAGGAUGUGACCACCAGAAGCGUCAUGCUCCAUGAUCACGAGGAAGGGCGACCAAGAUUCUUCGGUGCUAACACCAAUCGCGCGAUGCUAGCGGGCCUAGACAGCCGACCACCGAGUCCGCUUCGCCAAGCAAGAACAGGCAGUGAUGCAGCUCCCGGUACCGAAAAUGCCGCAAAGGCCAGGGACAGCAAGUCUGCGCAGCCUACAGAGUCUGAAAAGCUGCACGCUAGCACUGCCUGGACAUCCACGCAGCGUGCGGAGGAGGUUUCUCGCGGCCAUGUGCACUAUCCGACCAACAGCCUGGAGUGGGUCAUGAAUCUUAGACGUCGUAACCUCUGCGGCGUUGGAAGAGAUGAUUUGGACUUUGCAACGCCAAGUUGGAAGAAUCGGUAUCGCCUGCCGGGACAAGAAGUGUUGCGAAGUCUGUUCGAUGUCUAUUUCGGCCUUUUACAUCCAAUGAUACCCAUACUUCAUAGGCCUUCCAUGGAACAAGACAUUGCCGCAGGAAGAGCCGAGGUGGACGUCGCCUUUCGUGGUCUCGUCUUCACGGUCCUUGCCAUUGCUGCUCGAUACUCCAAUGACCCGAGAUGCUGGUCGGAUCGAUCGUGCCCUCAGACAGCGGGGGAUGACUUUGCUGCGGCUAGCCGGCUGUACCAUCAGGUGCACUCAGCUAGUCUCAUCAAUAUACAGGUGCUGAGCUUAUCUUGCUUCUUUGCGAGCGCCAACAUGGGUCCUGGAGUGAGCUGGACGUUACUCGGAGUCGCAAUCCGAGGGAUAUUCGAUAUCGGAGCUCAUCAAGAACGCACCUUGGUAGGACUCAGUCUGCUGGAGCAGGAGCUGUUGCGCCGCACGUUUUGGAACCUGGUCACCUUGGAUUGCAUCUUUGCAGUAAAUAUGGGGCGGCCGCUUGGCAUCCGACUGAGUGAUUGCAACGUCAACUUGCCCAGAUGCCUCUCGGAUGAGGAUCUCACUGCGUCCAUUUCGACACCUGGCUUGGGGUCGCAAGUCAAAAUUUUGCAAAGCAGCGUGCGCAAGCUGCAGUAUACCGACAUGGUGUCGCUACUCGCGCGUGUGGACGACUGGGCCAAGAGCGCACCGAAGACGACCUACCCGCCAGGACAAGCGGUGCUGGAUUGUGCCUCGACCGAAGUUCGCAUGUACAUCAUGAAGCCAUUCUUGAGGCGGAAAGAUGAUACGGGCUACCUGCGAAAAAUGCUGAUGCCCCAAUGCACUGAUGCAGCCCGCAAGAGCGCUCACUCAGCCGUGCUGAUUUGGAAGGGGCUGCAGGACGCAGGAGCGCGAGAGUGCAAUUUUCCAUGCCACACCGUCUGGAUCAGCUCUACCACCUUCAUGAUAACAGUGUGGCACCAACAGCCUGGCGAGGAAUUGCUUCGCGACGCGGAACUCAUCGAGCACUGCUUGUGGAUCUUCGACUCGCUCGAUUGGCGAUGCACCUCCGGGCUUCUUCGACGCGCAUAUCGGAUCUUGUGCGGCAUUGCGGAGCGUCUGCUGCCCCAUCUUGCCAACGAACGCCAGGACAGCAUCAAAAAGUACAUGAUCAAGCGCCAAGGUUCCAAAUUCGAUUCUGGAUCUUUGGGGGACGCGGACAAAUCGGGCCACCCGGCUCUGAUACAGCGUCGAGGUAGUCCUGGUACGAUAUCUAUGGCAGCGUGGAAUCAGUGGAAGGCGACCGCGUCAAGCUCGUCCAGCUCUCGUGCAACAAUUGCGCGAUUAACCAACUCAAAUCCGGCUUUAAACCGUCCACCUCAUGCACCAGAAGUCUUUGGUCAAGCGACGAACCAUGGCUUGCUACCAGAAAGCGCGCAAACGGGCACCGGCGUGCAGCAAGAUUGGCCACCUUGGGCAGAGGGCGAGUUCACCGCCAAUUGGCAAGGUGGACAAUUCCCGAAUUCUUGGAGUCCGAUCGAGAGCGGAGCGUUUGGUGGUCGAGGAGAGGCAGACGACAUAGCGUGGGCGGAUUAUUUCCUGCGCUUCCUCAACGAGGGUCAGCCGGAAGGGCUGCCAGCUUCGCAUGCGCCCUCCUUCAGCAACACCUCCUCCUUCUAUGGGUCCAACUACGGCCCCUUGACCGGCACCUGAGCCCUUAUGCGCAACUGCACGUAGGUCUCCAUGGAAAUUGCCACUUACAUCCACACCAAGGCUCGUGUGUGCUAGCGGAGCGCAGAGCUAUUUCGGCCUACCUCCGUGGCAACACGACUCCAAGGACAAUCCGCUCCACGUGCGCCGGGAGCUGGCUGAUUAAUGGCAUUGUGCGAUGUAACAUCUGCGGUUUGAUGAAGGGUACUCUACAGCGACGACGCG